GUGCUCUGUGACCCAUCCACCCCGCUGUCUGGUGCUGUGUGCGCGUCCCGAGGGGCCCAGCUGUCGACCUCCUCAGCUGUGUUUCAAAGGACCAAUCCAGCUUCACGCCAGAGCGCCCUGCCCGCCUGCCUGGGCAACAUGGUGAACUUUCAGAGCGGCAGGCUGAGCGCCGAGGCCUACCAGCGACGCCGCGACGCCACCACAGCGGAGCAACUCGCGUUGCUCACCGCCGACUCCGCCUUCGCCAGCUGGCAGCUGAAGAAGGCGGCACGCGACAACCGGGCACGUGUGGCCAGCAAUGCGCUGGCUGUCGUCGGCUGCGUUCUGCUCGUUGUCACCAUGGCGUUGCUCAAGCCAGCCGCCGUCGGCCAGGAGGUGGCCAGCUAUAGGCUGCAGGCGGUGCAGCGGGAGAGCGAGGUGGCGCUGGAUGCCAUCAGCGACCUCACUAUCCAGCUGCGCCUGGCAGAGGAGGCACACGGUGCUGCAGCCGCGCGGCUGGAGGUGCUGGAAGCGGAGCAAGCUGCGGCGCGGGCCAUGGAGCAGACGCAGCAGAGCGAGGCGGCACUUCUGGUGGCCGACAUGACAGUGCAGCUGGAACAGAUGAAAGCGGAGGUGGCGGCUGCCGAGGCGGCUUCCGAGGCAGCUGCCGCGCUGGCAGAAGCUGCGGUGGCGGCAUCUGAGGCGCUGGGCGCUGCCUCAGCUGCCACGCCCUUGUUGCCGCCGCCCACCACCUGCCCAGCCCCAUCGCCGUUCGAGCAUGUCACCAUCGUCAACCCCUCCCCUGGUGGGGCCUGGCCCUCCAUUUCCGUGGGUCCCCACUGCAACUCCAGCCUUGCGGUGUCAGCACUGGCGGCGACAGCGCUGUUUAGCACCGAUGGCACCCCCACCACCGCCCUCUACACAUUUCUUGCCUCGCUGGGCUGCGCCGCGCUGGCAGUGCUGACCUACCUCCGCGGCAGGCGGGCCGCUGCAUGUGAAGCAGAGCGCGCGACUCAGAUGGCCGCGCGCCUUAAGGAGGCCUCCUUUGCACGCGACACUGCCGAGCAGUCGCUCACGCUGCUGGAGGCGGAGCUGCAACGGCGCAUGAAGCAGCUGGAUGAGGCACAGCAGCGCGCUGCUGAUGCGACCUCCCCCAAGAUUGGCACCAUGCCAGCGCAGCACACGCCUGGGAAGGGCGAGCUGCCGCCGCCACCGGCCAGCCUGAUUGAGGACUUCCUGCGGUCGCACAGCUUCAUGGCGGUGCAGCAGGAGCAGAUGCAGGAGUGGCUGGAGAUGGAGCACCAGUUCGGGGAGAUGCAGGCGGCGCUCGCAGAGCUGCAAGCCGCACUAACCGACAAGGAUGCCCAGAUUGCGGCGCUGGAGCAGGACUUCAGCGCGGUCCACGAGCACGGCAGGCUGGAGGUGCGAGCCCUGGAGGACCAGCUGAGCCAGGUGAAGGCAUGGCUGAAUGAGGCCCAGGAAGAGCUGCUGAACACACAGGCAGCCCUUCAGGAGCGUGAGAUGGAGUGCCGCCGAGUUACCGGGCAGCUGGAGGCAAUGCGGGUGCUGGCUGCCGGCGCUCAGGCGAGUGAGGGGCAUGGCCCAGCACUUCUGCGGCAGAACCUGGAGCUGGUGGCUCAGCUGCAGACUGUCAAUGCGGCAUAUGAGGAGAUGCAGGCGCAGCUGUCCUCUACCGGCGGCACCUCGCUGGCACUGACAGCGUUUGGGUCCAAGGGCCUCAGGCCGGCUUCUGCCACCUCCACCCUGCCGGGCACCCCUGCCGCCGACUUGACGUGCGAGGUGCAGUCGUGCUUGGACAUCAUGCGUGCCACACGGGUGCAGCUGGCGGACCGGCUGGCCCACAGCGCAGGCGUCUGCAAGGCAAUGAUUGACGACUGCCAGAAGCAGAGCUUGGGCGAACGGGGGGUGGGUGCCGCCGCUGACGACAACGACCAGGCGCUGGAGGCAUUUGGGUCGCCGGCAGUGGCCUCGCCCUCCGCCUCUGAGCAGGAGGAGAGGGAGGGCGCAUGCACGCCACUGGGCGUUAGCAGGCUGCACCAUGCCAACCUGCCACCGCAGCAGGCGUCCUCCCCAGCCAAGAAGGCCCAGGCGCAGCCUGGACGGGGCGGCACCAGCGUCAGCCCCUCCUCGUGCAGCGUGGAUGGCAGCAUGAGGGCUGCAUGGGAGGCGGCACAUGCUCGGGUGGCGGAGGUCCGCGCGCAGCACACUAGCUGGGACCUGGCGGGGUUUGUGCAGGGUCUGGGCUUUGAGAUUGAGGAGGUGGGUGUCCCUGCCGACCGCGCUGACUUUCUGGCACUGAAGGCAUCCUUGGAAGCAGCUCUGGAGGCAUCUGCCACUGGCGCUUCCUCCCCGCAGAAGCGUGCGCUGGCUGGGGAGGCGAUGCAAGUGCUGCGCGACUGGGAGUGGCCAGCCACCCGCAUCAACACGCCGCCGCCGAGCCCCUUUUGGCGCAUGCUUGGAUUGCAGGCGUAGGCUGCCUGCCGGCUGGUACAGCUUAUAGACCCUGCGCUCCCUGUUCAAAACAUACGCAGUUGCUGACAUCCCCUAGCAGUGUCGCCAUCCGUCCUUCUCCCCCGUUAGAGACUACCAGUUAGAGAGAGCUAGCAGUUAAAGCAGCGUGUUAGCCUAGCCACACCGGCUGUAGUGUUAUGGCCCUACGAACGUUGAGGCAGUGCAAUAUCUGGCUCCCAAGCUUCUCACGGGCUGUGAUACGGUAAUUUGCCCCCCUGCUUGCCCACUAUUCGGCUUGUACCACCCCUCACUACCUGUCGCGCUACUUGUGUUUAUACACCCAGAUGUAAAGAUGAUUGGGUC